AUCUGGCAGCACUCACAGCUGUUUAGCUCAAAACAAUUGCCAAAUAUAUUUGUGUCAAUGCAAGAGCGGCAAUUUGUUGCAAGCGCUGUUGUGGCACAGCAACAAAAAUAACAAACCACUUGGACUCUGCGAACUGCCUAAGGACGAUGCCGCAUGCCGUCGAUGCCAAUAACAACUGCAUUUGCAUUUGCAUACAAUGUGGCCAGCUGCUUUGACACGAUUGCUGAGACGUCGCUUCAUUUAUCUGCUCCUAGUGCUGCUCGCUCUCGUCUACGUCUUUGGCCAUCUCUUCGAUCGGGGCACAUUUAGUGGCCUGCAUUACGAUGAAUAUAACGUGCAACGAACGCGUCCAUUGCUGUGGCAACAGCAGCUAUUGCUGCCCGAAGAGCAUCUCAAUCGUACCCAUGAUCCCGAACAGCACUGCCGCAACUCGGUGCAGGGCCGCCAACUGCUCGUCGACGAACGUGGCUUUGUCUGUCGACGCUCACAGAUUUUGGCCAACGGCUGCUGCAACCUGGAGCUGCCAGAGAUUAGCUAUUAUAGCUGCCACAGUUGCAAUGCCACCUCACACUGCUGUGGCAUCUACGAGUACUGUGUGUCGUGCUGCCUGCAUCCCAACAAACGCCCGCUCUUGGAACAAGUGCUGCAGGCAUCGAAUACACAGAAAUACAUAUAUGCCAGCGUCGAGGAUCAUUUUGAGCUGUGCCUGGUCAAAUGUCGCACCAACUCACAUUCGGUGGAGCAUGAGAACAAGUAUCGCAACGAGGCAGCCAAAUACUGUUAUGGCACCACCGAAGCGCACGAGUCGCAACGCGAUGUGGCACCCAAAGCUGGCUAGGAUUUCUUCCAGCUAAUUAAGCUGGUGACCCAAAUCGUGCAAUCUCCCAAAAGAAAAAAAAACUGACAAAAUAUUAGCUCGUCUUUUCGUUCAUCUCAGGUUUCUCUAUAUUCUUCACUAUUUUUUUGAUUUUUUUUAUCGAUUUUGGUCUGGACACAAUAAUGAACAAUUUGAUAUAGUAGCAUUAAGUGACAACAUAAGGUUUAAGAAUAUGGAUAAGGAUGUAAAUAGAGCGUAGUGCUAAUUAUAUAAUUUAUGAAUUUUGUGCUUUAAUAAUAAUUUAUUUAUUUAUGACAAAUGAUGUAACGUCUCUUAUUACUUUAUUUUGAAAACCACUAAAAUUGUAUUU